AAAGCAAUCGUCUUCUUCAUCAAUCCUCCAUACAUUCAAUCCUUCUUUCCCUCCGCAAGGAAAACUGCAUCGGAGAGGGGAAGCAAUGGCAGGCAAAGGCGAUGAACUUGCUACGCUGUUAUUUUGGGGAGGGGAAAUGGCAAAGCAUGGAGAGAUUGGGUCUCUUGAUUAUUCCCAGCCUCCAAUGGCUAUGUGCUUCUUGAGCCGUAGCAGUUGUCACCUCCGCGACCUCAUUGUGAAGGUGCAGGCUGCUAUGAACAAUGCCCCCAUUGAUGGGGUAACCUACCCUGCACGUAUUGCCUUGUUUGGGAGGUACCCAAUGGCAGUUCCCGGAGAAAAAAGUGUGUUCCUUUCUGUUCCACUCACUGACAACCAGUCCUAUCGCUGGUUUCUGCAAGAGGCGGCUUUGCUUUCCAAGCCGCUUCUUAUCUAUGCCAUUCCAUCUCCAACAAGAAUUGAUGAAGCAAAAGAUGAAGACAACUUGGAUGUUGUCACUGUAGCGAGUUUUGUAAGGCAAGCAUAUGAGAAGGCGAUAAUGGUGCCUCGCUUGAGCAAAGCUUUAGCAGAAAUCUGUUAUGGGGUAGACCAGAUCAUGCCUACGUCUCGGUGGGGUAGUGAUGGUGAGGGAAUUGGAGUUAAGGGAUUGCUCAUGAGUUUAUGCCAGAAGAAUUUUGAUGAAAGGGGUGUGUUUAGGACUGGAAGUGCCAAAUUAAUUGGGGAGUUGUACAAGAAGAGGGCGAUAACCCCGGGCACAGCUCGGGGUUUCAUUGGGAAGCUUCUGGAAAGUUCUAGAAGAUCCCUUGGGCCGCCGGACGAGGAGGGCCUCGAAGCCCUCUGCCAGCUGAUGUACACCAUUGGUGGGGCCCGCGGGGCCACGGUCGUCGGAGUGGAUGAGAAGCACCUUUUAGAGAUUGAUGAGCUGUCGAACCACCCGGAUUUGUCGGGGGCAUUGAGGGAAAUGUUGCGUAUUUUGGCGGGUAUAAGGAAGAGGAAGCGACAGGGGAAUGAUACGGAGGGCUGCGGCAGGGGCAGGGGAAUGCAGAUAUUCGUGAAGAGCCUGACGGGGAAGACGAUCACCGCCUGGGUGGAGCCAUCCCACACGGUGGAGGAGUUGAAGAAGAAGAUUCAGGACAAGGAAAGAAUUCCGGCGGUGGAGCAGCGGCUGAUCUUCGGCCGCCACCAGCUUGAGGACGGCCGGACGCUCGGCCACUACAAGAUUGAGAAGGAAUCCACCGUCACCGUCGCCCUCCGACUCCGCAGCAGCAUUAUGAGAUCUUGACAUUUUAACUAGACCAAUAAUAAGGGAUUUUGUUUAACAAAAAAAAAAAGCAUUCAUAUUUGCGUUGUAACCUUCUCAACCCUCAUGUCUAUGGAAUCUCAAUUGGUCGAAAACAUGGGGUUAGUGGUAGACUAGUGCAAUCUAGAGUAGUACUCGUUUUUCUAUGAAGAACAAGUGUUCAUUUUGGGAUAAAAGAAUAUUCAUUUUGAAAUAAAGUGAUGAACAUUUU